CGUAAUUCCACAUUUUGUAUGUCGAGCGUUCGCUGCAUGCAAUUAUUGCAGUGGAGCUGUUGACUGUCUUUUUGGACAGGAAGGGUUGCGCAAAUUUGAUGGGAAGAUUUGUGUAGAUGUAAUAAGGGUUGUGAAUUUUUGUAUGCAUAUGAGAGCCACCUCUGAUACUUAUGCAAGAUUCAUAUACCAACAAGUAUGCAAGUAGCCUGCAGCUGACCUCUUUUAGCUGAAGCUCGCUGCCCUGGUAUUCCUUCCACUAUCUGUACCAAACUGAGGUCCAGCCACUCAGAAGCCAGCCAUGCCCACCUCACUAUUCUGUCUUGAUGUACUGGGCAAGAUGUACCACUUGCCUACCACAUCAUCCCAAUGGGAACAACUGCCCUAUUUAGGUGUGGAGUUUAAAAAGAUCUCUGCAUCACAGAACAGCAUAUGGGCAAUUGGGAGUGACCAGCAGGUGUAUGUCUAUGUAUAUGGGCUGGAAAACCCCAUAAGAGUCAAAGUGGACACCUAUGAGAAUCAGCGUUGGAAUCCCAUUGAUGGCUUCUGCUCGAAGCUUUUGGCUACGGAUAGGCCUCAUUACUCUUCCAAAGAUGGAACAGAAUGCAGAGAGUUUAAUGGGAUCUGCCUCCCUUCACUUGGAUGGCAGUGGGAAGGUCCGUGGGUGGUCGACGGCACGUUGGACGGCACGCCGCUGGAGACCGAGGGCUGGACGUACGCCGUCGACUUUCCGGCCACGUUCUCGGCGCAGAAGCGGUUCACCUCGUGCGUGCGCCGCCGCCACUGGGUGCGCUACCGACGCUACGUGGCCGUGAGCUCGUGGUCGUCGGUGCCGCCGCUGCAUCGGGACGCCGUGGAGGAGCCGUUCGUGGAUGUGGCCGUGGGCGGAGCCGAGCUGCCGGGCUGGGAGGCCGACAACCUCAUGGUCUGGGCGGUCACCAUCCGCGGUCGGAUCAUCUACCGCUCGAACGUGAGCUGGCUGUCGCCGGAGGGCGACGGCUGGGUGCACGUGCCGAGCGCGCAGGGCGGCGAGGCGCGCCAGAUCGCCUGCGGCCCCAGCGGCCUGACCUGGGCCGUCACAUGGGAGGGCGCCGCCCUGGUGCGCACCGGCAUGUGUCGCGACACGCCACACGGCACGGAGUGGUGUCCAGUGCUGCCACCACCAGGCGUGCAGCUGGAGCAGGUCAGCGUGGGCGACGACUGCGUCUGGGCUGUCUCCAGGGACAAGCGCGUCUUCUUCCGCAAGGGCGUUAAGGGACGCGAGAUGUGCGAGAACACCACGCUGGCGCGCGGCACCGGCUGGCUGGAGAUGGUGGGCAGCAUGGCCUCUGUCUCGGUCGGGCUCAGCAAUCAGGUGUUGACCCUGGGCACGGACGGCGGCCUGUACCUGCGCAGUCACGUGACGUCCGGCGGCGGCGACGCGGCCAGCCUACGCCUGCUGCGUCUGGACGAGGACGAGCCGCGGCCGCAGGAGCUCUGGCGACAGACGGUGCGGGAGCAGCUGCGGAAGCGGAACGAACAGCUGCAGCCCUUCAGAGUGUAUGACGAGGCCGUCGAGAGGUGA